AUGGGUAUGGCAAGUAGAUUCAUGCAUAAGCCAAAGGUAUCACAUCUAGCAACGACAAAGAGGAUACUAAGGCAUCUCAAAGGAACUCUCGAAUACGGUAUUUUGUUUCCUGCAACUGAUGAAGGAAAAGAAUACAAGCUAGUGGAUUACACUGACUUAAGUUUGUGUAGUGAUGCUGAGAUUAGAAAAUCCACAUCUAGUUAUGUGUUUAUGCUAGAUGAUGCACCAGUUGCUUGGAUUUCUAGAAAAGAACAAGUAGAAGCACUAUCAUCGUAUGAAGCAGAGUACAUAAUUUCUUCUCUUUGUGCAUGUCAAGCAACAUGGAUGGUUAAUCUGGUCGAAAAGAUUACAACAAAGAAUCAUGGAGAAAUUACCAUAAAGAUCGACAUCAUGUCAUCUAUCAAUCUGACGAAGAAUCCGAUAGCACAUGGACGAAACAAGCACAUCGAGAUGAGGUUCCAUUAUCUUUGA